CGCAAAUCCUGCAUGUGGGCGGGAGGCUCCCCUUGAUUUCUGUUGGAUUCGCUGGAGAAACAGCAACCAAAGGUGGACAAAAUCAGACGAAGGUGGGAGAGGGAUCGCCAAGGCAGCUGCUGCUGCAGAUUUGGAGUGACUCCAAACGGCAGGAAUUUUUUUUCCAGUUAUUUAAUGGAUUGCUAUUGCCAUUGCAUAGCUAAAGGUCAGAAAAGAGCUGGAGCCGACCCUGUGAUUACUUGUUUGCAGACAGAAUUAACUGGUUUUGUUGGAACACGGAUCAAAGAUGGCAGAGCAAAAUUCAGCUGGCCCUAAAGCACAAAGCGAACGUGGUGCCAUUAAGACUGGGAACAAUGAGGAAUUCCUGGAAAGAACUGCGGAGAAGAUCCAGGGUGAGGAGCAGGUCAGCUCACAUUUGCAGCUCCAGCAUUUUAGGCAAUUCUGCUAUGAGCCAGCUGAGGGCCCCCGAGAAGUUUGCAGCCAGCUGCACAGUCUUUCCCGGGAGUGGCUGAAGCCGGAGCGACACACCAAGAACCAAAUGCUGGACCUGGUGAUCCUGGAGCAGUUCCUGGCCAUCCUGCCGGCGGAGAUGGCCAGCUGGGUGAGGAAAUGUGGAGCGGAGUCCUGCUGCCAGGCGGUGGCCCUGGCGGAGGGCUUCCUCCUGAGCCAGGCCGAGGACAAGAAGCAGGAGGAGCAGCAGGAAAACCGCCUGCUUGCGGAAGUGAUCCCGGAGUUCCCUGCAGGAGAGAAAGCCCAGUCGGAUACCUGGCAGAGGCCCCCACAAAGGGUUCUCAGCCAGCGAGGUCGUGGGCAGGCCACCUUGGAGGGGGCUGGACUGACGCUUGCAGCAGCUGCUCCGCCGUCUCUGCCUCUUCCUGAUGGCGUGGAACCGGAUCAGGGACCUGUGACUUUCGAGGAGGUCGCCGUGUGCUUCACGCCGGAGGAGUGGGCCCUGCUGGAUGCUGGCCAGAGAGCCCUGCACCGGCACAUCAUGGAGGGGAACCUUGGGAUCGUGGCUUCUCUCAAAGAAGGCAGAUGGGAAGAGGAAAAGAGAAGAGAACCAUGUGGAAUGUCACGAAAAAGAGGGAAAUGUAAAGAAAGCAUAGAGCAGAGAAGGAAAACGAAAGUUAAUUGCAGUAGGAGAAAUCAUUCCUUUGAGGACAAUGGCUACCAUGAUCUUGCAAUUCUAGAAGAAAUACAGACAAGGCAGCCAAAUGAGGAGUUCCAACUCAUCAGGAAAAUAUUGAAUUCUGAAUCAAAAAAUAAAGCUCAUGCCAAAAUUCAUACAUUGAAGAAACCAUAUAAAUGCCUGGAAUGUGGAAAGAGCUUCAGUCGGAACACACAUCUCACUUCUCAUCAAAGAACGCACACAGGGGAGAAACCAUAUGCAUGUUUGGAAUGUGGAAAAAGCUUCAGUCAUAAGACAAAUCUUACUUGUCAUCAAAGAACUCACACGGGAGAAAAACCAUAUACUUGUUUGGAGUGUGGAAAAAGUUUCAGACAGAAGAAAAGUCUCAUUGAACAUCAAAGAAUUCACACAGGGGACAAACCAUAUAAAUGCUUGGAGUGUGGGAAGAGCUUCAGUAGGAAAAGAACCCUGACUCGCCAUCAAAGAAUUCACACAGGGCAGAAAAUAUAUAACUAUCUUGAGUGUGAAAAGAACUUUUUUCAUAAGAUAAGUUUAACUUUUCAUAAAAAAACUCACACUGCAGAAAAAACACACUGUUGUUUAGAAUGUGGAAAGAGUUUCAGUCAGAAGACAAAUCUCACUUCUCAUCAACAUAUUCACACUGGGGAGAAACCAUUUAAGUGCAUGGAGUGUGGAAAGAGCUUCAGGCAUAAGAAAACUCUCACUUCUCAUCAACAUAUUCACACAGGAGAAAAACCAUACAAAUGUUUGGAGUGUGGGAAGAGCUUCAGGCAUAAGAAAACUCUGACUUCUCAUCAGAGAAUCCACACACGGGAGAAACCAUAUAAAUGUUUUGAGUGUGGAAAGAGCUUCCGUCAGAAGAUAACUCUCACUUAUCAUCAAAGUACGCACAGAGGGUACAAACCAUAUACAUGUUUGGAGUGUGGAAAAAGCUUCAGUCGGAAAAUAAUUCUCACACACCAUCAAAGAACCCACACAGGGGAGAAAACGUAUACAUGUUUCGAAUGUGGAAAGAGCUUCCGGCAUAAAUCAACUCUUACUUCUCAUCAAAGAAUCCACACAGGGGAGAAACCAUAUGAAUGUUUUGAGUGUGGGAAGAGUUUCAGUCGGAAAACACAUCUCACUUCUCAUCAAAGUACUCACAGUGGGGAGAAACCAUAUAAUUGUUUGGUGUGUGGAAAGAGCUUUGGUCGAAAGACAUAUCUCACUUCUCAUCAAAGAACACACGUGGGAGAAGACAUAUUGUUUUGCAUGUGGAAUGAGUUUCAGUGAGGAGAAACUUCAUUGUAUAUAAAGAAACUCACAUAGGUGAAAUAAUAUACGAGGGGGGGCCCAAAAAGUAGGAAUUUAUUUAUUAAAAUUGUGUAUUUAUUUUUG